CGCCGGAGAGUGCUUGGUUAGGUGGAGGGAUGGCAGGCGGUUAGGAGUCAUGACAAGAUGUAUUUCAAGAUGCACGCGGUUUACAAUUCGAAGCGCGACAUCGUGGCUGCUUCCAAAGGGGCGGUCCUGUCGUGGGAUCUGUUCCAGGGGUUUGGUGCAGGGGCUUUGAGGACCCCUUUCUACAUUGACCUCGCGGCGGAGUUCUUCGACUUGGUGGAAAGGAAUGACAUCCACCUUGAUGAACCCUGCCAGAUCUCAUGCAACCUGGAACUGUUGCAGCCUGUGCAGAUGUGCACCGGGUUCGAAUCCAGCGGUGCUCCGUCCGAGGGAGGAGAUUUGGGUUUCGGUGCUUCGUUCCAACUCCACCGUGGCGAGGAACAUGGUCGCUUCAACGACAGCGAGGAGGAAGAAGAGGAGAGGACGGGGAAUUCGCUGGAUAGAGGGGGAGACCGCAGGGUGCUGAGCAUUCCGAGGGUUGAGACAAGAACACCGGCCGAGAAGACGUACGAGCUGCCCACACUGAAGCUGGCGCCGCUGGGGUUGGAGAAACCGAAGGACUGGAAGGACGAGCUGGCAGGCCAAUACUACUACUACGCUGUUGCCGGCCAGCACAACGCGGCCGCCGCCAGGACGCUGCUUGGCACAGACGUGGCGGUGAGGUACAACUUCGAGAGGUGGCCUGCACGAAUGGUGUACUUCUCCGACGCGGACUUCGAAGGGUAUUUUCUGGUCAGCGCCGACGACAACAAGAAGGACCUGAAGGCGCCUCCCAGACAACAGAAACUUUCGAUGAAGGACAUCCGGUGGUGCUGGAAGGAAAGGGGUUACCCCAGAGCUGUUAUGGGGAACCCGAGCGGGAAACAGGCUCAGACCGGCUCCUCUGUGUUGGCAAAGCAAGGGAAGCUGGGGAUGCGUGAGGGAGUGCAACUUGUGAAGUGCGACCGCAUCUUGGUGCGGUUAUGGAACUACUACCAGUUCAAGUACGAGAAUCGGCCUGACUCCGAUUGGAUGCGUUCGUGUCCCUUCCUGCGGAAAAGAGAGGCGAUUUUGGGACAGUUCAAAAGCCAGGGACUGGAUGCAGCAUUGUGGGACGGGAGCAGGAAACUCGUUGGAGACUCGUCGUUGUUCAAAGACUGUCCCUCGUUCAUGGGCUGCGAGGACGACAAGUUGAUCAAGGCGACAAAAAAACUGGUUCAAAACAAGAAGUUGUCCAUCGACUGGAAGAACAAGGUCCUUUCCGUGCUGACCAGCGGCAGGUCGAAGAGCAUGGACGUCGUGCUUGCCGAAGGCAUGGUGCACAUUCGGUGGCAGGACUUGGGAGACGUGACAUCCAUCGCCCCGUUCGGCGUCGAUCCUCUGGAGGCGCAGAUGAAGGUCGUCGAGUUGGAAAAGGCGAUUGGGAUCACGAAAUGCCACACUGCCGUUCUUGAUUUGUGCGAUCCUGUGGACAUCAAAAAGUGGACACAGCAAGCUUUCGAGAGUUUGAAUGCCCUUCUAGAACAUUUGUUCCCUUCGCACUGGACGGUCGUUGCUUUCGUCCCCCGGGAGCACGCGCCAUCUGUCCGUUGUCAAGGCAAUGGCAGGAAAGUGGGUGCGGAGGCUGCAGCAGAAGAAAAGCUUCGCGGAGCUAAGGGUCGUGAGUUACAGUGUGUAUUGAUUGACACGGACGAAGAGGCGUCGACCGGGGUCCUUUUCGACACCAAUGUUUCGGAGGAGGAUAGCGAUACAAAGGAAAUCGCCCUCAAUUACCACCCUGCUCCUGUUCUUCCAUCCCCAGGUUCCUCGACGGCAGGUGCGUCAUCAAGCCAGACCGCUCAAGCGACACCCAUUCGCAGGUCCACCCCCGGCAAGACCCCCAACAAGCUGUUGGCGAAACUCACACCCCGAGCUGUUGCCCCGCCUCGCUUGCGUCCAGGGAGUGCAGUCCCGCUGGAACAUCCUUCUCGGAAGGAUGAUUCCAUUCACUUUGAAGGGCACAACCACACUCGUUCUAAUGAAGCAGACUGGGGUCACGACAUGAUUUGGCACCCGGGAACGAUCCAGCCUGCAAUCCGCAAAGGGGAGUGGAUCAUGGUCGUCGUGGACUCGGCUGGGGAGUGGGAGCCAUGCUCGCGCCUUCCCAAGUCUGAGUACUUGCAACUCGCAAGCAGUGGUGUGGCGGAAAAAGUGGCGUCCGAGAACCCCCAUCCUCAGGCCACCGACCCGGCUGUCGUUAAUCACACUGAUCGUUUGUUUCUGGAGCUUCAAGACAAGGGGUGGUUGCAGUGGAACUCUCGGAUGAAACGAGGCGCCGGCGCCCUUGGACGCUGCGAAGUCCGUCGGCAUCCGCACUACAUCGACCACACAUUGGUCGGCCCUCCCCUCGACGACUGCUUUCGCCGCGUCCGUUGGCAUCAGGAGAGGCUCAAGUGCGGGGGUUCCAAUCACCGGCGUCAAGUACGAGUUCGCCGUUAUCCGAACCACGCCAGCGAGGCGCACGAUGGGGAGCCCGUCCUGCGCAGCGCUACAGGAGCAGAAGUGUCGGAAGCGGGUGCCAAAACGAAGUCCGCCGGAAUCCGCACUUCGGUUUCGUCCUGUGCGACGUCCGGCGGCUUUCCUACUCGGCAGGGGACUGCGUCGGCCGUCGAAGACGGGCCGCCUGCGGAGUUCAACGCACGGUUGGAUAGCGGGCCGCCGUAUGUGCUCCGCAAAUCAAACUCCGCCGGUUUCCGAACUUGCUGGGGAACAGGCCUGCAGUCACAGGUCGUCGGGCGGGCGGAAGAUGAUACGUGUGCGGGGACAGAAGACUUGUCGGCGGGAGUCGACGAUGAGGCGGUGGAAGGAGCCGAACUGCGCGAGAGGGACGGGGGGGAAGAAUGGGUGCAAGUGGAGGACGACCAAGAAGAGGAGGAAUGGGAAGAAGGUGGGGGAGGAGCGGAAGGGGGGAAAGGGAUUCAAUUUUGUUGCGUGAAGGAGAAGACGGUGGAGAGCGCAGAUUCAGUAUUUCAGAAGACGAACGACCGGAUGGUGGAGAAGAUGCUGGCUGCGGAGAGUCGUCUGACUCUUCGCGCCAGAGCGCGUGGAGUCUGCGGGGGGACUUUCGAUAACGGGAUUGCGCCUCGAGUCUUGAGGGUUAUGGGUGACAUAUCCCGAGGUUUGGUGCCACCUCAUCAUGUUCUAUCUACUUUCGGUGAUGAUCAAGUGAGAAUCACAGCUAAAGAUCCGCUCAUCGUCUUGCUUGUCGAUGGGAAUCUCAACGAUGAGGUGGUGAAUUUCUACAUGGCGCUUUCGGGGUCGACUGCAUGCGUGACACUUGAAACAUCAUCAGGCCUUCGAGUCUUCAGCUUCAAUUCAUUCUUCUUCAGUAAGCUGCAACUCCAUGGACACGAUGGGGUGGAAAGGUGGGCUAAGAAUGUAGAUCUGCUUCACUUCGAUAUGAUCUUCGUUCCGGUGCACAAAGAUAAUGAUCACUGGAUCCUCCUGUCCAUCAAUUUGAGGGACAAUGUCUUCGAGAUUUUCGACUCCUAUCCUCGCAUUAUAGCAGAUUCACGUUUCUACCUUAGUGUUUUCGAGUUGAUUGUACAGUACUUAGAACGUGAUACCUCACAUAGCCGGUCGCCUAGGAGUUGGAAGUCUAUGGCGGGGAACGUUGUUGUGGAAGGAGUUCCGAGACAAGUUGAUGGAGCUAGUUGCGGGGUGUUCAUGUUGACGUUUGGAACGUUGUUGCAACGUGGUGAUCGACCACCUUUCAGGCACUUUCACUCAGAGGGAGAUGAAGACUGCCCAUCGAAGAAUAAAAAAUCAUAUGCAAAGGUAGUCAAGGAAACGAAGGGUGGGAAGGGAAAGGAAGGGGAUAAGGUAGUCCAAGGUGGUGGGGAUGGGAAGGGGGGAAAGGGGAGAGAGGGCGGGAAAGAGGCAAGCGACGGGGUAAUAAGGAAAGAAGUGCGGUGGGUGAAGGCACAGAAAGACAAGGAGGGCACUAGUGGGGACAAUCUAAAGAGAAGUGAUGAGAAGAAGGGUGGGAAGGUGGAAGAAGGGGAGAAACAUCAGUUAGUGAAACUUCCACUGGAAAAGGAAAACAGCAUGAAUAAGACGGUGGAGGAUGAAGGAGUGGAAAAAAGGAAAAGUCCAUGUGCCGCAGUAGACAGAAUGGAAGAGGGUCGGAUUACCCCAGGUUGGGAGAAACGGAAAAGGGAAGAUAGGAAUGACGUGGAUGACAGAGAUUAGGACUUUGUGCCUCACGGAAUUGAGUUAGCACUACGUGAUCUGGAUAAAGGCUUGGGACAAGA